UUGCAUCCCGGAGCGACGGUCCAGAGACGUGGCCGUGACCGGAGCUGCGCCGCGGGCUGAAGGGCUCCAAUUCCCCCGCUUUCCCCGGGUCCUGCUGGGAGGCGGGUUUAAGGGGCGUCGCGGGGCCGCUGCAACUUUCCCAACAGAGCCAAAGGGGCGCCCGGAGCCCCCAGCAGCAGCCGCCGCCGCUGGAGCGGAUCCGAGCGAGCGGCCCCGGCUCCCCCCACUGCAGCCCGGGCUGCUGCUGCGCCGAGCGCCGCCGCGGGAGGGAAGGCUCCGAGUGCCCAAUGAACUUUUGAAGAGCCCAGCUCUGCCAAUGCAGUGUGCGUUCCUUAAAGCCCUGAUAGUCUGUAGACACAGGAUCCAGGAGGAAUUUUCAACACACUGAGAAACAAGGAUGGUGGUCUGCAUACUGUUGUGGUGGAUUCUAAAAGUGCUUACCCUGUCUUUCCUGCUGAAAACGACUCUGUCCUUAAAUCCAGAUGAUCCUAAUGUUUGUAGUCACUGGGAAAGCUAUGCUGUGACAGUGCAGGAAUCUUAUGCUCACCCUUUCGAUCAGAUCUAUUAUACGAGAUGUACUGAUAUACUGAACUGGUUCAAGUGCACUAGACAUCGAAUAAGUUAUAAAACAGCAUAUCGAAGAGGACUAAGAACAAUGUAUCGGCGAAGAUCUCAGUGCUGCCCUGGAUAUUAUGAAAGUGGAGACUUCUGCAUACCUCUCUGCACAGAAGAGUGUGUGCAUGGAAGAUGUGUAUCUCCAGAUACCUGUCAUUGUGAACCAGGCUGGGGAGGCAUUGACUGCUCCAGUGGUUGUGAUAGCGAUCACUGGGGACCACAUUGUAGCAACCGCUGCCAAUGCCAGAACGAGGCUCUCUGCAACCCUAUCACUGGCGCCUGUGUCUGUGCAGAUGGGUACAAAGGAUGGCGGUGUGAAGAGCUCUGUGACCCGGGGACGUACGGGAAAGGCUGCCAGUUUAAAUGCCAGUGCCACAAUGGAGCAACCUGUGACCAUAAAACAGGAGAAUGUCAUUGUGCUCCCGGCUACACAGGGGUAUUCUGUGAAGAGCACUGCCCUCCAGGCAGUCAUGGAGCUCAGUGUGAAUUGCACUGCCCGUGCCAGAAUGGGGGCGUCUGUCACCAUAUCACCGGCGAGUGCUCCUGUCCUCCUGGAUGGAUGGGUUUUGUAUGUGCACAACCAUGCCCUUCCGGAACCUUUGGAAUUAACUGCAGCCAGGAUUGUCCAUGCCAUAAUGGAGGACAGUGUGAUCAUGUGACAGGAAAAUGCCUGUGUACAGCUGGAUAUAUGGGAGACAGGUGUCAAGAGGAGUGUCCUGUUGGGACAUAUGGCUUUCAGUGCACUCAGAAAUGUGACUGUCAAAAUGGUGCAAAGUGUUACCACGUAAAUGGAGCAUGUAUGUGCGACCCUGGGUUUAAAGGGUUUCGUUGCCAAGAAAGAAUGUGUCCAGAAGGGCUUUAUGGCCUAAAAUGCCACAAGAAAUGUCCUUGUAAUAUUAACAACACUCUCAGCUGCCAUCCACUCUCCGGAGAAUGUACCUGUAAAGCUGGCUCGGCAGGACUUUAUUGCAACGACACCUGUCCUCCUGGAUACUAUGGCGAAGGCUGCCAGCUGACCUGCCUUUGCCAGAACGGUGCAGAUUGUGGUAGUGUGACAGGAAAAUGCACCUGUGCUCCAGGAUAUAUGGGAGACGAUUGCUCCACGGCUUGUGGGGCCGGAACCUAUGGAGCCAACUGCUCGUCAGUGUGUAACUGCAAAAAUGAUGGUGCAUGUUCCCCCGUGGAUGGCUUGUGUCUUUGCAAAGAAGGAUGGCAGGGGGUUGACUGCUCCAUUCCAUGUCCAAGUGGAACUUGGGGUCUUAACUGUAACCAAACAUGUUACUGUGCCAAUGGAGCAGCCUGCAAUCCAGUGGAUGGGUUUUGUCUUUGUUCGCCUGGAUGGCAAGGAGAGUACUGUGAUCAGGCAUGCCCUGAUGGAACAUAUGGUCUUAAUUGCAGUGAACACUGUGACUGUAGCCAUGCAGACGGGUGCGAUGCUGUCACUGGUUAUUGCUGCUGUCUUGCUGGGUGGACAGGCAUCCAUUGUGAUAAUGUAUGCGCACAGGGCCGCUGGGGACCAAACUGCUCCAUCUCUUGUAACUGUGAGAACGGGGGAUCCUGCUCGCCGGAGGAUGGGACUUGCGAGUGUGCGCCAGGAUAUAGAGGAUCCAUGUGCCAGAGAAUUUGUUCACCUGGCUUUUAUGGGCAUCAUUGCAGUCAAGCAUGUCCCCCGUGUGUGCACAGCAGCGGGCCUUGUCACCAUGUUACUGGACGUUGUGAUUGUUUGCCUGGAUUCUUUGGCUCACUCUGCAACCAAGUGUGUGCCAGUGGACGGUAUGGGAAGAACUGUGCUGAGGUCUGUCAGUGUACCAACAAUGGCACAUGCAAUCCUAUUGAUGGAUCUUGUCAAUGUUUUCCGGGAUGGAUAGGGAAAGACUGCUCUCAGACUUGUCCAGCUGGUUUUUGGGGACCAGAUUGCUUUCACACGUGCAACUGCCACAACGGAGCAAUGUGCAAUCCUUCCGAUGGAGAAUGUAAAUGUACCGCUGGUUGGACUGGGCUCUACUGUACUCAGCGUUGCCCAGCUGCCUUUUAUGGAAGAAAUUGUGCCAAUGUUUGUCAGUGUCAGAACGGAGCAGAUUGUGACCACAUCACUGGGCAGUGCACAUGCAGAACUGGAUUUACGGGCAAACAGUGUGAGCAAAAGUGCCCACCUGGAUCAUUCGGUUAUGGUUGCAAACAGCUAUGUGAAUGCAUGAAUAAUGCUACAUGUGAUCAUGUCACUGGUACAUGCUACUGUAGUCCAGGCUUCAAAGGAAUCAGGUGCGAUCAAGCGGCUCUUAUGAUGGAAGAAUUAAAUCCCUAUACUAAAAUUAGCCCCGCUCUCGGAUCAGAGAGGCACUCAGUGGGAGCAAUCAUUGGAAUUAUUAUUCUCCUUCUGAUUAUUAUGGUUUUGCUGGCACUGUUCGUGUGGUAUCGACGGAAACAGAAGGAGAAGGGGCAUGACAUGCCAAGUGUAUCUUACACACCAGCCAUGAGGAUCACUAAUACAGAUUACUCACUUUCUGAUGUAUCUCAAGGUAGCGGCAGUGUACAUUGUUUUUCCAAUCCAAGCUACCACACUCUGUCAUGUGGUGUGACUUCACGCUUCUUUACCAAUAAUCUGGAUGGAAACAGCUCCAGUAAGCUCAGUAACAAAGUCCUUGACAGAGAAACUGCAGACCGGAGGCCGUACAGCUAUCUGAAUGAACUAGGUGCUUGUGGGAUGGAUAGACGUCAGAACACAUACAUAAUGGAAAAAAGCUUCAAAGAGUAUAUGAAAGAAUCUGUGUGUAGUUCAAGCACCUGCUCUCUGAACAGCAGCGAAAACCCAUACGCCACCAUUAAGGAUCCACCCAUCUUGACAUGUAAACACUCGGAGAGCAGUUAUGUGGAAAUGAAAUCACCCAUUCACAGAGAUUCGCCCUAUUCAGAAAUGCCAACCUCAUCAACGACUAAUAAAAAUAUAUAUGAAGUUGAGCCCACUGUCAGUGUGGUCCAAGAAGCCCGUGGUCGUAGUGCUAAUUACAACCAGAAUCCAUAUGACCUGCCUAGGAACAGCCACAUUCCUAGUCAUUAUGACCUUCUCCCUGUAAGACACAGCCCUACCCAUGGGGCAUCUUGGGACAAGCAGUCUUAAAGGGAUACACUUCGCUGUCGCAAUGCUGCGAACAUUCUCUCUGACUCAAGGAAAGAAACGAAGACAAUCCUUUCUGGUUUUGCAAUACGCUGACAUGACUUGAAAUAGUAUUACACAAGGAACCUAACCUAACAGAACAUUUGUUUGGGCCAACUUGCUGCUGCAUGAUAUGGAAAAAGAUGUUUUUAUACAGAUUACAGAAAAAUAAAGAACCAUCAUCUCCAUCUGACUGGAAUAAUUACUCAAGGAAGCAGUUUGCAUAGUCCAGUCAAAGACUCUAUAGACUGUGUUCUCCUAACUGUAAACUAAAAACAACCCACCCACCCCCACCUGUAAGUACUUACAGCUACAGAUGUACAUUUCUACCACCCACAUAAAGAGACCUUUACUGUUAGAAACAAGACGUCUAAAAAGACGCUGGAAUAUAUUUUACAUACACAUCGUGGAAAAGGAUACACUCAAAAAAAACCCAGGAAAGACUGCUGUUUAAUUCAGCUGAUAUAAUUUGUAAACCUUGGUUCAUGCUGUCGUCAUAUCCAUUCUGUGUACAUGUCGAUUUUAUUCUUGGUAAAUUAGUUUUGUAAUCAGUUCCUGUUUCUACUGGCUGCCAAGAUAUUUUAGUAGAGGACUAUUACAUAUACACCUUCCGUGGUUAUUCUCAAUGCCUCCUGCUCAUUUUAAGCGAUGUAAAUCUUCACAAGUCUCCAGUGAUCUUUUACCAUAGAGCUCAUCUAAACAGUGUGUCUCAUGCCCAACAUAUAUAAGAACGGCCAUACUGGGCCAAACCAAUGGUCCAUCUAGCCCCGUAUCCUGCCAGAGGCAUCAGAUGGAAUUCAGUCAUUGAGUGAUCCAUCCCCUGUUGUCCAGGCCCAGCAUCUGGCAGUCAGAUGCUUAGGGAUACAUUUUUAACAAACUAUGGAAGCCUUUGAUUGUCGGUGGUGUUUUAUUUGUCUUAUACAGCUGCUACUUUAUUCGAUACAGUGGCCCAGACUGUCGUCUGCUCUAAAUUGGCAUAUAGCUUCAGUGACUUCACUGGAGCUAUGCAGAUUCACAGCGGCUGAGAAGCUGUUCCACUUCAGUGUGUCAAAAAAUAGAACCCUAUUUCUGUUCUGCACCCAAACCAAUGCUUUCUAGACCAUCUUUCCAAGCCAUUCCAUCAUAGCUAGAUUAAUUGCAUGCCAUUUAUAAUAAACCCUUUAAUUUCAUCUGCAUUACCAUGUAGUGCAACUUUAUCCACCCCGAGUCUACCUGAAAUGUCAUUAAACUGAGCUGUGACCGGAUUUCCUUUUUAAACAGCUGUUCAUGGAAUAAUUACCAUGAGGUUUGCCUGUGGUAUGGCUUUGGAAUAAGCCUCCCAGAUUAUUUUUUGUAGUCCUUGACAUAGAAAAUAGAAUACUUGCUAUUAAGCAGUUUCUUGUAGAUCUUGAGCAUGAAGUAGUAUUGAUGCUAAGUAUGUAAUUUUAUUAGGCAAAUGUGGGAGUAGCAAAUUGAUUGCAUCUUAAAUAUAAAAGUCUGUUGCACUUUUGCUGUUCUGAUGGAACUGUAAGAGCAAGAAAAGCAACUGUGAUCAGUUUGUUAAAGCAUGAAUUGAUUAGUUAAAAAUACUAAUACAGGAAAUAGUGGCCUAAGGGCCUGGUAGUAAGAUUCAGAGCCUUUCACCUCUAGGUCACUGGUUUGAAUCCAGCUCUAGCUGGGAGUCAUUGUUAGUGGAUGACAGGCCUGUAGGAAAUGAACUGGUCUGGGGGCCAGUCUAGUUCCUAGUAGACAGGAGUUGAAUGGCAUAUGGCAAACCCCAUUGCAGUUUGAACCGUUAAUGGUACUCGCCCAGAGGCCAGGAGCUGAGUGUGCUGUGGAGACUGAACUACCCGCUCAGUGCCGGGCUUGAGGCCUCGUGCCAGGGCAGUGCAAAGACGCGUGCAUUAAUGCCGACCGAGCCAGUGCGACACUUCUUGGUGCUUCACUACUGUCAAUCCGGUAACGUACUAAAUUCUCUUGGCAAGGGGUGGGGAGAAGUGCUGGCAAUACAGCGUUAAAAAAAAGCUGGAAUCUUUCAUGGGCAGAGGUGGACACAAGUUCAGAAACCCUUUAUGCAACUGGCAACUUUUGCAAUUCAGACAACUGAACUAACUCCAGAGAGCUCUUUCCCCAUAGGGUUAAAAGAAGCUGCUGUUCACCUUGCAAGAAACACAUAAAUAUUUACAUGAAUGCUGCAUGUAUGCAUGGGGGAAAAUGAUUGAUCAGCAAUAGUAAUUUUGCUUUCCAGAAAAGCCUUAUUCAAGAUGUAACUAGACUAUUAUUUUGUAGGGCCAGGUAGGGAUAUAUUUUAUUUAGCAUAUAGAAAGACUUACCUCAGAGAUAUCACUAAAAAGGCAGUUAAUUACAUAAGGCUAUUGUUAGAGACUUACCAUACGUCUAGCACUAGCACAAAGCAGUGUAAGCUGCAAGCCUAAACAAUGUAUAUGUUGUGUUUCUGUCCAGUAUGAGAUGGGACUUUGGAGAGCAGCGAUACGCUGGGCUUUUUCAAAGCUGGAUUUCCAAACCAAAUGAAAUGAUGUGCGUAGAGGUUAACAGGAGGGGGGAGGGGGAAAUACAUUCUUGUACAUUAGCAUUAGUUUAGAAAAUAGACACUGAAAUGGCAAUACUUUUUUAAAGCAAGACAGAUUUGUAAUAUAUUUGUUCACUGUGCUAAGGUACUUAUACCUUGUACAAAAUAAAUGGCAUUUCUCUCAA